AUGUUCGCGGGGCGGCGAGGGUCGGCGCUGCUGCUGCUGCUGGCGGCGGCGGCGUGGCUGCCGCGCGCGGCCGGCUCGCUGGUGUGGUACUCGGCCUGGGUGACCACGGCGUACACGGAGCCCGCCGCCAACCGCACGGUGCGGGGCAGCGCCGAGAGCGGCCGCUACGGGGACGCCUCGCCCAAGGAGGGCGCGCGGGGCCUGGUGGGCAUCCCCCGCGGCGCGGGCUGGGAAGGCUGCGGCCCGGACGUCGACUACGAGGUGCCCACGCCGCCCGGCGCCGGCGGGGCCCCUCCCGCCUGGAUCGCCCUGGUGGCCCAGGGCGGCUGCCGGCUGCAGGACAAGGUGGCCCACGCCGCCAGGAGGAGGGCGGUCGCCGUGGUGGUCUACAGCGAGCCGCGCUUCGGCAACGCCACCCUGAGCAUGCCGCACGCCGGUACUGGGAAUACAGUGGUUAUUAUGGUUGGGUAUCCCAAAGGAAUGGAGAUCUUGGAGCCAGUGCGAAGAGGGAUUCCUGUGAAAAUGACUAUUGAUGUUGGAACUCGGCACAUACAAGAAUAUAUCACUGGACAGUCAGUUGUUUUUGUAGCUAUUGCGUUCAUCACCAUGAUGAUUAUAUCUUUAGCAUGGCUUAUAUUUUUUUAUAUACAGCGUUUCCUCUAUACUGGAACACAGUUUGGAAACCAGGGACACAGAAAAAAAAUAAAGAAAGCAAUUGGCCAGCUGAAUCUUCAUAUUGUGAAGCAUGAGGAUAAGGGGUUAGAUGUUGAUGCUGAAAAUUGUGCUGUGUGCAUAGAAAACUAUAAACCAAAAGACACAGUUCGGAUUUUGCCUUGCAAACAUAUAUUUCAUAGAAAGUGCAUUGAUCCUUGGCUGUUGGACCACAGAACAUGUCCAAUGUGCAAACUGGAUGUCAUCAAAGCUCUAGGAAGUUGGGGAGAACCUAAAGAUUUACUUGAACUUGCAGUGCCUGAAUCAAUAAGUGGCAGCAUAUCAGCUGAAAGCUGGAGUAUUACUGUACAAGAGGAUAGAAAUGAACUGAGUGACACAUCAGCAUCCUCUGCUCCUGAAUCUGCACUAAAUUGUAGCAGAUUAAAAGAAGAUGUAGGUGAAACAACAACACUACUUGAAUUGGAUGGCAGAGGCAAUCAGCCUGAAGAAUUCCUGUCCAGUGGGAACUCUCAGUGA